AUGAGGAAGGAUACACAUGACGAGAGGAAGGCAUCAUCGUACGAGAAGAAGGAAGUGGGAACGUUGAGGCGAGAGGGACUGAGUGAUCUUCAGCGACAAGAUAUUUCUAGAAGUUUCCAAACCCUAGUUGAUUCCCUGGAUUUGGAUUCUGUCAAGCAAUCCCAACACCACAUAUUGGGAAGGCUGCAGGAUAGUAAUGCAGUUUUAUCCCUCUUUAAUAAUAAUUUAGCGAAUUGCUUUAUAAAAGUUUCUGCGGAUUUCUCCAGGAAUACCUGUGUACUGCAAUCAAUGAAAUCGGACCUUGACUACAUCUUUCUGAAGCUGAGGUAUGCAACUAUGAAAAACAUUAAGGCAAAGAUCUUAUCGACCUAUCCAGAUGCUUUUCCAGAUUAUUCUACCGUAGAAGCACUCGAUCGAAGACCAGACCUUGAACUGCCUCAGUGACUCCGGCGCUGCACAUAUCUCAGAUUUUUUUAAUUAUUUUUUUCCUUUUAUUCGAUUAAUCUCUAUCAAUGGAGAUAGGGCUUUGUGAACUUCUGAACUAUUUUCCUUGUGCUUCAGUAGUUUAUAAGAAUGUGAUCGCGUAAACUGAGAUAUUUUUCUAGUUAUUCAUAUUUGAUUCUACUGGUUUUCA